ACUUCGAGCAGUGCCAAAGGUUCAGAGACAGAAAAGCCUCCUAGCAGACCAGUUGUUCCUCCCGCCAAACCUCCAAUUGAUAAAAAUUUUCUGCUGAUGACUUUCCAAAUUGACAAUGUUCCAGCCAAAAGAGAAGAUAUUUUUAACAAACUAACCUUAGAAGAGAAAAAGGAGGGCAAAAAACUUACUUCCGCGGAAGAAAAAACCAUUAUCGGAAGUUUAGCCUCCCAAGUUGGCAUUGAUAAAAAUAAGUCUUUUUUUGAUUAUAGGGGCAAGUUUUUCGUCAAAAUAAAUGACUAUUCGGAUUUAUCCCGCUUUGAGUAUGAAAAAGAAUCCAUGCUUGCUAUCAAUGAAGCGGUUCCGGAUUUUGCCCCGUAUCCGUUCUGGAAAGUUCCAGAAGGCUGUGAAGGCGAAUUUUCCAAACCAGAGUUUUGGGCUGAAUACCAAAAAUAUUAUUCUCUCCCGCCCGGCUUUGGAGAAAGACGAGAUUUGUAUCAACUAUACGAUUAUCUUUACCGAAAGGGCAGAAGUAUGGUUAAUUUGGAAGAAAUCCUUAGAAUGAAACUAAAACCUAAUAUCAGCAAACAAAUUCAAGAAAGUCAUUUUAUUGAUUUAUGCCGACCCGAGGUUGAAGAAGGAGUUUGCUCCGAAUGUGAAAAGUGGAAACAGGCGAUUGAAGUUCCUUUUGGAACUAAACAAAAGCCAAAUUCUCAUAUUUAUCGAAUGUGUAGUGUUUUUAUUAAUCAACUUAGAUUGAAUUUAAAGAAAGAAAUUGAUAAAGGAGAAGAUAAUUUUGCUAGUGCCGAGGAUUUUAGAAAAGUUCAAGAAUGUUUUGUGGUGGCCGCUGAAUUAGAGAAUAUUUUAAAAACAAAUGAAUUCUAA